CCCCGCCGCGCUCGCUUCCCCUUCUGCGCGCUCGCCGCCCGCCCGCUCGCUCUUCCUCCCUGAGGCCGGCUGCGCCAUGGCGUUGGCGUUGGCGGCGCUGGCGGCGGUGGAGCCGGCCUGCGGCAGCCGGUACCAGCAGUUACAGAACGAGGAAGAAGUUGGAGAACCUGAGCAGGUGGUAGGCGAUGCCCCCCCGCCGUACAGCAGCAUCUCUGCCGAGAGCGCAGUUUAUUUCGACUACAAAGAUGAGUCUGGGUUUCCAAAGCCUCCAUCUUACAAUGUGGCAACGACCCUGCCUACCUAUGAUGAGGCUGAGAGGACCAAGGCUGAAGCAACUGUCCCCUUGGUUCCUGGCAGAGAUGAUGAUUUUGUGGGUCGGGAUGAUUUUGAUGAUGCAGACCAGCUGAGGAUAGGAAAUGACGGGAUUUUCAUGUUAACAUUUUUCAUGGCAUUCCUCUUCAACUGGAUUGGCUUUUUCCUGUCGUUUUGCCUGACCACCUCGGCUGCAGGAAGGUAUGGGGCCAUCUCAGGAUUCGGGCUCUCUCUAGUCAAGUGGAUCCUCAUUGUCAGGUUUUCCACCUAUUUCCCUGGAUAUUUUGAUGGUCAGUACUGGCUCUGGUGGGUGUUUCUGGUUUUAGGCUUUCUCCUGUUCUUCAGAGGAUUUAUCAAUUAUGCAAAAGUUCGGAAGAUGCCAGAAACUUUCUCAAAUCUUCCCAGGACCAGAGUUCUUUUUAUUUAUUAAAGAUGUUGUCUGGCCUGGACCUUCCUGUGUGUAUGAAUUCUCUCUCAAGAAGCACGGGAACACCUGCAGGAAGCAAACGAAUCAAGAUGCAGAACACAGAGGAGUAACCUGCUUUAAAAAAUAAUAAUAAAGUACUGUUGAAAACUAUCAUUUCUCUCUAUUUGUUCCUAGGUGUAAAAUUUUAAUAGUUAACGCAGAAUUCUGUAAUCAUUGAAUCAUAGUGGUUAAUGUUUGAAAAAGCUCUCGCAAUCAAGUCUGUGAUGUAUUAAUAAUAAUGCCUUAUCGUUUGUAGUCAUUUUAACUAGCAUGAGCCUUGUCCCUGUAGUCAGUAGGGGGCAGUCUUGCUUUACUCAUCUUCCAUCUCAGCAAGAAAUUGGAGUUCAGUAUUUUAGUGUAAGAUAUGUAGAGUGCUGGCUGUUUGAAAGGGGUCUUCUCCAAAGUUAAAACUUUUUUUCUGACUGCAAUUUCUGCACAUCCUUCAUACUUGCUGUUAAAAUUAACCUAGAAGUUAAUUUAGUUAUACUGUGAACACCUGGAGACAAAAAACAUAGUGCAAAAUACAUUUAAAGUGUGGUCAAGAGUAUGUUCUUAAUUGGUAAGUAAUAAGCAUUGAUUAUUUUUUUAAUUUUAUAGCCUCUGUUUGUUUUGCAGUACCAGUUCUGUGUUGUGUACCUAAGGGGUUUUAAAGGUGUUAUCACUAAAAUAGAAAGGACAGUGACAAAUGCAGCUUAAAUGCUAAAAGAUAACCUUCAAACCUUUCUGUCGGAUCAGAGUUCCAACUCCCUUUUUUUCUCUUUUGUCUCCUGAUGGGAGGGCAUUAGGUACUGGGAGCAAAGGAAGAAUUAGUUUGGAAUCUUUGAGACUAUCCCUAACAUCCUGUAUGACUUGCUUUUUACAGUGUGUUAGCAGAAACCCAUGUGUUAUCAAUGUAGACUGAUGUGCUUUCUGCCAAGUGGUAACUCACCUUGGUUUGCUAUGUUAAAACUGUAAAUACAACAGAACAUUAAUAAACGUCUCUUGUGUAGCAA